GUUUCAAUGAAGGUCUCAAGAACCCAACAAGAGAUGCUCAAGACAAUCCGGAAUAUUCUUAUGGGAGAUUGCCAUAUUAGUUAUGGAAUGUUAGUGGGUAUGGAUCAUGUACUGAUGCAGCAAUCACUGGCAUAAAUGCCUCCUCUAUUGAUGUAACUCCAGUUAAUGUUCACUGUCACUAUUGGAGAUGAUGUAGCAAUCUCAGCAUUCAGCCUUCUAGGUCAGUUUGCAAAAUGAUUUGUAGCUCAUUUCAUAAUAGAUUGUGACAAAUAUUGAUUCUUUUGUGGAUCUUCCAUUCUCAUUUAGUCAUUUUCUAUUAUGGUGGUGUCUCAUGCACUACCAUCUUUGUCAGCAAAGAACUCAUUAACUAAAUUUAGUCUCAUCUUGUUAGAUUUUCAGAAGAUUAGGUGCAGGUCCUUACUGGGAGUCAUUUUGUCAAAACUUAUAUAUGCAACGUUUUUUCCUAUUGCUUCUUCUAAAAUGACAUGGUGGAGUGAACCAACUACUAACUGAAAUUUGAAAGUUAGGAUAAAUGCUUCAACCAAUUUGCUUAAGGUUAAUUUUGUUUAAUUUAUCCAUUUGGUUUCUUUCCUGAUUUGUCCUAGUAUGAUGUUAAGCGAAUCAUGCUUUAAUGGCUGUGAUUUUCAAGCUCACUUCUGCAUCUAUGUACUUCUGCAAAUAUUUUCUUUUAAACAAUGUCAGAAGUGUAACAACCUCAAUUUACUGUAAGUUCUAUUUGUUUAACACCAAGAAACUGUUUCAAUGUGGUCAAGCACUUGGAUUUGUAAGCAACCUCAAGUUACUGACAAUUGUAUGGCUAAGUUCUAUUCAUGGUAUUUCUCAUAGUUCUGCUAGCUUCAUUUCCUAUUAUAAUGUCCAAGCUGAUAUUGUGUGUUGCCGUCUUUUCAUCUUGGAUGCUAUUGCAUUUUGAAUUUUAUCUUCCAUUUAGCCUAUAUGGGAUUAGCACUCUUCUUUUAGUCAUCUUAAUUCUUCUUUUUUUCUCUUUUUGAGAGCUUCUUGAAUGUUUUAUUGAUUUCUUCACAGCUUCUCCUUUGACAUUUUUGAAGGAUCCCCACGGUAAUGGGAAAAACUCACUAUGUCACUGAGUGUUAUAGCAUUGGUUGCCAUGAGCAGUUCACUUUGUUGUAUAUUUGCUCCUGGACACUCUGGCACUUGUAAUGGUGCUGCUGCAGAAGGUUUGUUUCAGUCUUAAUCAUUUUGACUGCAGAAUACCUAUUGUUGACGUGCCAAAAUAGAUGGAGUCGCCAUCUAUCCAAAUGAGGUGGGAUAGAUCACCAAGGCCUUUGCAGAAAUUAACUAGGUUCGGAGAGUCGGUUAAGCGUGGGGAAGGUGUUAGGCACCCCACAAACUUCCAUAUAAAUAUGGUUACCACAUACUUUAAUUUUGGAGAAAUUUCAAUUUUUAUCAAAUAAUAAUAAUUACCAAAUAAAUAAAAAAAAAUCACUUCAACAAAAAAAAAAAAAAAUCCCUCAAUCAUUUUUUAUUCUCCGUUUCUUUUCUUUUCUUUUUUUUUUUUCAUUUCUGCUUUCUCUUCUUCCUUUUUCCGUUUCUGCUUUCUUUUCUUUUCUUUUUUUCAUUUUCUGUUUUUUUUUGUUCCAUUUUUUUUCCGCCUCUGUUUUUUUUUUGUUCUUUCCUUUCUUUUCUUUUUUCUGCACUUCUUUUCCUUUUUUUUUUUUUUUUUUUUUUUUAUCUAAUGCAUUUCAAAAACAUAGCAAAUCCUAGAAAAAAAAAAUCUGUUCAUUAUUUCAGAUUACCGGAGCAUAAACUAAAUCACAGUACCCAUAUCUUCACCCAAACAGCAGCUUCUAAAUGAUAACCUAAACUUAAAAAGACGGUAAUUGAUUUUGUUAAAUUACUCUGACUAAACCAGGAAACAGCCA